GAAAACCAUAAACAGAGAAAUUUUGUAAUAACCCAUACGAACAUUGCUAGUAGUGUUCCCAUCCUCUCUUCUCGUAAUAAUUCGAAUUCCUUCCGAUCGCCGGCCGUCGUAUUGCCGCCGGCACAUUCAUCUCUUCGGAAUCUCCGCUCCACCGAUGCAAGCGUAGGAGAGCUGCAAAAAUACACACGCACAGAGGCACACACAGAAUCAACAUUUGAUCGAUUGAGAAAGAUAGAUAGAUAGAGAGAGAGAGAAAGCAGCGAAGGAGACGAAAGGGAAGGAUGAUAACGAGAUCAAAACUAGCAGAGCAGCUGAGAGAGUAUCAGAUUAGAUCAAAACACGAUUGGGCUUCCGUCUCUUUCUUCUCCUCUACCUCUAACUUAACAUCCACAAGGGUGGAUGUCGUCAUCUUUGUGAUAUGGGAACUGGUUGUUUUAGCAUUCCUGGUUUUUUCUGCCGUUUCACUGUACUUCAGGCAUCUAAGGCUUGCUUUUAUUUUAGUAUGUGUGACCUUGCUAUUACUUUUGUGCAUGAAAAUAGCAAAGAAAGUAAGAUCGGCCAGGAAAAAGAAACGAAGGAUGCUUCUUCCAUUAUCCAUGUAGAGAAGUAGGAUGCGCGAAUUCUUUUACAACGAGCAAAAAAACUUGUUUUUGUGUAAAUUAGGAGAAAUAUCUUGCUGCUAUUUUGGUUUUCUUUGUCUUUUUUUCUCUUUUAGCUCAUAUGGAAGUAGAGGGUAGUUACAUGUUGUGGGAUAAUUUCACUAUAGAGCUAUUUCGUCCGCUCCCAUACUGCAGGCGUUCCGGCUGGUGAUGCUGUUUCUUGUUGGUUUCAUCCUUCUCGUGUUAUGAAAUUUCCUCUACCUUGCUCUU